AUGUCCGGGCUAGAAGAGGUCAGGCUAGCUACUAAUAGCCACAGCUUAGCCGAAAGAGCCCGGAGAGAAAAGAUCAGUGAAAGGAUGAAGAUUCUCCAAGAUUCAGUUCCUGGUUGUAAUAAAGUGAGAAGCAAACAUUUUAUUUCUCGGAUUGUCGGCAAAGCUCUUGUGCUGGAUGAGAUUAUUAAUUAUAUUCAGUCUUUACAGCGCCAAGUUGAGUUUUUAUCGAUGAAGCUCGAAGCAGUAAAUGCAAGAGAGACCAUUGAUGGAUAUCCUUCUAAUAAAGACAUUCGAGCAAUGCAGAAUGCCAGAAGACCUGGUGUGCUCAUUACUGUUGGUUCUGCUUAG